GAAUAUGAUUUAUUGCUCCAGCCCUGUGAGGGAUUAGAGUGACCAUACUCGCCGCCGACGACUGUUGCGAACACUUGAUCGCCGAACACAAAUCUCAACAGACGCAAAUAUUGUAAACUAUGCUGUAGGUGGACGCGAAUUCUUGAACUGCAGCCGCAGGAGCACGUCAAGGAAAAUGGCAGCGAAGCGGGCGGAAAGUCCGGAGAAGACGGCGAGCUCGGAGCACACGCAGCGUGGCCUUACCACAAAGCUGGCGCUGCGGCGUCUGCAUGAGGAGAUUGAAAAACGGGUGCAACUGGAGCAUGAGCAACAAUACGGAGCAGAGAGCUCCUAUCGAAAAUUGCGUGCGGCCUUUGUAAAGCGGUACGAUAGCCCACUCGGUUGGCUUUCCAUUGGGAGUAGUUUGCUGGCCAGUGGAGCCCUGCUUGCUACGGGGAUGCUAUGGCCCGCCUUCUGCCUGCUGGUCAUUUUAUCGCUUGACCUUUUUGUGGUGGUCCGGGAAAACAACCUGCGGCGCACAGAGAUCUUCCGGAAGGCGCGACACGCGCUUUCGGAAAUAAAACUAGCCGAGCAGCACUUCAGCGACGAUUGGCAGCCAUCCAACUAUCCGCAUCUAAGUAAUCCCAUGUCGCCCUGCGUUUCCCUGCAAUGGACCUACCGAGAUGGAAAAAUUGUCAACUUGCCCUGGGCUUUGUUGGUGCGCGGGGAUUACAUUGUCUUACGACCGGGACACAUUUCACCGGGACCCUGUCACGAAAUGGAGACGAAUAAAUUCUUUGCGGCUAAUGAAAUAUAUGGAGCUGCUCCUCACGGAGACCCUCCGGUAAAACCUGUGGCACGUCCUCCGUUGCCCGAUCUCGUUUGCUGUUUGGAGAGCACACCCUACUUAGACAACCUUACCGUUUGCCUCAAAAACUCCCUGAAGCGACCGCCCACCAUCUACAAUCAGCAGCGCUAUCUGCUGGUCACCAAGUACAUACAGCAGUGGGGCUUCAUUAGUGCCCUGGUUAUCACGCUGAUCUCGGGACUUUUGCGCCUCCAUGGCUACGGCCUGCCUACCGAUGAGAAACACAACUGGCGCUUUGUGCUCGUGGAAUCCUCGGCGGCGGCCAUAGUUCCUCUGUUGCCGCUUAUCUUUCCGCUUAUGUGGAUAUCCAUGAACCUGUGGGGAAUCGCGCGGUUGCAGUGCUUCCUAAAGACCCCCCAGGCUGCAUUGGAAAAGACUACAAGCAAAUCGUUUGAAGAGGACCUGGACACGCCCUCGUACGAUUAUCAGAAUAUAUCGAUGCUUCGUUCCAGUGUGCUCCGCAUCUGGAUGCAGCUGUGGCGGGGUGACAGUGAACUCUUGCCGCGCUCAGCAAAUCUUGUACAGGUGCUGGGCUCCAUUUCUGCGCUGUGCUGCGUGGACAAGAAAGGUAUCCUGUCAUGGCCCAAUCCCACCGCCGAAAAGGUAUUCUUCCUGCACAACACAGACGAGGAGGCUCGCGAGGAUGGAGCAGGCAGCCAAUCUUCUUCACAGAGCGAGAGCGACGACGUACCGGAUGUGGAUGAGGACCACAAGGAGCGCGGCAUAGUAGCUGAAGUACUGGAUCUUACGCACGACCAACACUGUCCAUUUCGGCUAGAGUUUGACGAUCACGAAUGGAAGGCGCACAUCAAGUCCUUGAAGCCACUGGGUCUCGCCAUUCUGCUAAACACCUGUUCUCCACUUACCCACGAGCACUACGCACAGUUCUGCGGUCAUGUAACCGCGGUGGCUAUGCUCGACAAAGAUCUGGUACCUGUGACUAAUCGGUAUGCGUAUGCACUCAUUGAGUCCAGUAAAAGCUUUUUGCAUGGACGCUGCCUCUGCGAGCUGGCCAAGCAGAUUGGAUUCACCGCCCAUGCCACGGAUCGGUUCGCGCUGGAGGGCCAAUUGGCCAGCUACCGACAUUUGCAACCUGAUGUUGUGCGUAGGGACAUUCGUUUCGCCCGGCAGCUACAGCUGUCCUCCAAGGUGAAGGUGCCAUUCCCGCACUCAUUGUCUGUGGUAAUGCGCGAGAAUCCAGGAGGCUACUUGUCACUCUUCACCCAGGGAACAGCAGACAUUAUCCUCGACUGCUGCGAUGACUUUUGGGACGGCAUUGAUCUGCGACCCCUGUCACCCCAGGAUCGCAAGCGUGCAUUGGACUUUUACCAGCGCAGCGCUUUGACGUCAUAUUGUACUGCCUUCGCCUAUCGCCCUCUGCGGCACGGCAUCCAUGGAGCCCUUAGCGGCCCUCAACGGAGUGGAGGUGACUGUUUGUAUCUGGAGCUACCGCCGGAGUCGAAGCUGCGCAUGCAGCACGUGGACAAGACCCACUGCGACUUUCAGGGAGGACAUCACGUCAAUCUGAGUCACAGCAUUAGCACGGACUCAUUGUUAUUUUCGGAGAGCAAGGACGAGGAGUGUAACGAUGUGGAGGGCUGCUUCGAGAUGCAGUGCCAUCAGGUGUUCAUCGGCAUGGUGACAAUGCAGUACCAGGCACAGAACGAUAUCGUUCGGCUAGUUGAGCAUCUCGAACAGGCCUGCAUUCGCUUUGUCCACUUUAGCAAAGAAAACGAACUGCGCUCGCGUGUCUUCUCUGAGAAGAUGGGUCUAGAGUCCGGGUGGAACUGCCACAUCUCGUUGCUAAGCGAACCAGAGCCGGACAGUGAAAAGGAGCGGAUAAGUGCCAAGCCCAAGGAGUUCCCGGAAAAUAUUGGUAAACCUCAAGCCACCACCUCAACCACUGCCACCACCACUACAACUGACCAUGAGAACAACCAUCAUCCCAGUGCCAAAGUCAUGUACAUAUCGCCCCCCGCACCCGCACCUGCCACUGCAUCUGUAUCCGAAUCCAUAUCUGCAGCUAAAACCACUGAAAUUGUAGGUGACGGCCCAGAAAUUAAUUAUCUCUUAGGACCGCCAACCAAUCUGGAGUCGUCAAAGACCCUUAGCUCUUCAGCUCCUGGUGCCAUUUCCAACCCGGAUGAGUGCAAUCCACUUAAUGCCCUCAAUGGCGAGGAUUCCCAUUCCCCUGAUAGCGAGGGCAGUAAGGAGAGCUCGCAGGAUAGCUGCACAAAAAAUAAUCCACCAGCAGAUACUGAGUUGGAGCCGGAAACCGAAAUAAAUAAGCACAAGCAGCGCCACUCGCUGGACUCCGCCAUGGACGAAAACUGCCGUUCCUUGAGCACACUCACUGAAAGCACAGAUCAGAGUGCGCCCAUCAACUUCGAUAUGUCCAAUAGGGCAAAGCUGCCAAGAGGCAUUGAAAACAUUCGGCCGCAUUUGGAACAGGUUGACAACGUCCCACUGCAAGUCUCUCUUUUUACGGACUGCUCAGCGGAAGCCACGAGUCAGAUGCUGGACAUCAUGCAAUCCUACGGCGAGAUCGUUGUCUGCCUCGGAAGUUCGGCCAGUAAUGCCAAUGCCGACAUUUUCUUGCAGGCCGACUGCAGUAUAGCCGUGGAGCCAUUGUAUCCACAAGUGUGCCAGGAUGUCGACGCAUACACGGAAGCCAAUAUCCAGAACAACAAACUGUUGUGGCAGCGGCAGUCUGGCAAGUCGAAGGGCAAUGAUGAUGAGGAGCUUCUAGAGGGCGGCCUUCAGGGCUGCGCCAUGCAGUCGCCAGCUCACACCAUCUCUCCACUGUAUUUAAGCCGGCUUCUCAACUCUCUGCCCUGUUCCAUUGCCGUUUGCCGCGACGACCCGCUUUCGCUAGUGGCCAUAAUUGAGCUGUCACGUCGCUUCUCUCUGGGCCUGUGGAACUGCAUCCAGUACUGGGCAUGCUGCGCAGGCUCUAUCUCCAUUCUGAACGUGCUGUGCGCGUGCCUAUCGCAGCCCCCGCUUGUAACCCCGCUGCUUGGCAUUUAUCUGAUGUGUGUGCCGGUGCCGCUAAUAGCCAUUUCGUUAGCCCACAUCGAUGUGGACCCCAAAAUCAUGAAUCGGGCAACAAGCAAAAAACAGACGGACUAUGAUUCUCGCGCCUUUGCCUUUGUCAUGUGGUGCUACGGCUGCAAGUUUAUCGUUCUGGUCGUGUCUCUGCUUGUUGCCUAUUGGAUGCUUUUACCAAAUACCCAAAUAAAUCCCACUGCACCAGCCACUGAGGAGUCCGUGCUCGAAAUCGACGAUGAUGACGACCCGGAGUUUUAUCAAUUUCUUUACAUCGCCCGAUGCUCUGCCUUGCUAGGCAUAAUCCUACACUUUGUUUUCAUUUCUGUCACCUUUGUGCAUCGUGACCAUGCGCUCUGGCAGCGCAAUCCAUUUACCAAUCGUAUCUGGGCUUUUACAUGUUUGUUGUUAGUCCUCAUCCAUGGUAUUAUUUGCUUUGUGCAACUGCUUCUGGAGGAUAUCUGGGUUCAGCUGCCCAACCAAUGGGUGGCCUUGUUGAUCUUAUUUGGUGGCAGCUUUCUGAGUAUGCUUGUUAGCGAGCUGGCAAAGUUCCAGGAGAACAAGGUUAACGCGCGCUAUCAGCGUCGUGCGCGUCUUGACUUUGGUACCAAAUUGGGCAUGAAUUCGCCCUUCUAAGAAUCACGGCUAAGACUUACCAAGCAAAAAGACACAAAGGCUGUAUAUAACACCACCACUCGACACACUUCUUACUACUUUUUCUGACCAUCAAUCUGGAUAUCCAUAGACGAAGUUGUUUCUGUCAGCAUUUGUUUAAACUGUUCCUAGGUUCAGCAUCGUUAUUUUAGCCACUAGUACUUACACAUGUUUAUUUUAGUUUGUGACACCCCCAUUGAGUAACGACCACACAUUUGUUAUUCUUGUUUCUAAAACGGUUUGUUUCGAGUUCCUUGUUUAAAUGAGAAAAACCUUUGUGUACUAACAUGUAAAAGACUUGCAAUUAUUGUAUGAAAUAUAUGUAUGGUUAAACUGAA